AUGCUUGCUCUCACCGCUUUCGUCUCGGUACUAAUUGCCUCAUUUGUUCCCGCCAGCGGGCUCUCCCUCUUCAACAGCAAGCAAAAGGUCCUCGAUGAUCCAAAGGCUAGCGUACCUGGCAAGAACCCUCUUCAGUUCUGUGAAAACAACGGAAACUACAGUCUCGUUAUUCAGAACGUUGACCUAGAUCCAAAUCCACCCGAGUCAGGACACAAACUCAUCAUCGAAGCGGAAGGCGAGUUUACCGAGGAAGUCGAGGCGGGUGCUUAUAUCUCUCUCGUCAUCAAAUACGGCCUGAUCACCUUGAUAAAGACCACAGCGGAUCUUUGUGACCAGAUGAAAGAGGUGGAUGAGGAAUGUCCACUGAAGGGGACAAAGACUAUCAGAAAAGAGGUUGAUAUACCCAAGGAGGUUCCUCCGGUAGGUGCAUGUUGGGUAAUACUAGAAGGGGGCUAA